AUGACAGCUUGUGGAUGGAAGCACAAAACGGGUUGCAAUGAUGACAUUAAAGAAAUGGCUCUAUGUAGUGAUUAUUUUACAAAAUUGUGUAAAGGCGAAGACCCGUUCCAGAAUAGCAGAGCUUCACCCUCUUCUAAUCUAGACCCAGCAUCUAACUGGGAGAUUGAUUUGAAAGAUAGAUACUGGAUCCCGAUAAAUAAGAAAACUGGAGAGCAUGUCACCGCAGAAGAAAUAAAAGAGGGCAGAGAAUGGGAAGCGAGGAAUGCUCGACGAACCCCGAACGAAAGACAGAAAGUGUUUAGGGUAUCCAGAGAUGAAUUAUGUGUUUUACCCGAUGGUUGA